GGAAAUCAAACUAAUUCCACACCAGAAGAAGAAGAGCGGAAACUGCAAACAUAAACAUGGAGCACAAGAUUAACAAUAAAACUGCUACAGAGGCAAAUUAUAUCGAUGAAAGUGCCAGUUUCCCUCAUGUUACAGCUGUUGCUACAGGGUGGAUGCUGGACUUCCUGUUUGUAAGUCUGUGUCGUCGUUUCAAGGAAGGCAAGCUUGAUGAAUUCAACGAAACGCUUUCGGCUUUCGAGGCCAUUUCUCAGAGUCCAUGGCUUAAAGAAGACCUCUAUAGUGAGAAAACGAUGAUAUGUGCAUUCCUUGCAAGAGUCAUGCAUGGAAAGCAGUUGGAUGUCCAGUUUGAGGAGGACGACCAUGUGAUGCCCCUGAUGUCUGCUGCCGAAAUAUGGUCAAAACUAAAAGACACAGUGGAGGAUGAAAGCAUGUUCAAAAACAUCGAGAUUCUUUUGCUUGUCCAGACUGUAGCUGUGUGUCUGGAGAAAGGCAAAAGAUCUUCUGCCUCCUCUGCCCUUAAGUGGCUGGAGAAUAACCAUGACUUCCCACAGAACCUGGGAGUCAAGCUGAAAACAAUAGUGACACAGAGGGAAACUUACCACCCAUUCCUCAUGAGCUUCAGCUUUAGCCGCCUGCAGGAGACCAUCCAGUCCUACUUGGAUGCUUACCUGGAGAAGAAUCCCUCUGACUAUCUUCUAAAGGCAGCCACUAAGAAGGUCCUGUCAUCUCAGAACACUGAGGGUUUGGAGGAUGUGGUGACACAUGACAACUCUCACUCAGAGACAGCCAACAAACCUGAAGCCAACGAAGCAAAGAAGCAUCAAAAUAAAAAGGAGGGUACUGCAGGUUUGAGGAGAAAACGGAAGAAACUACUCUUAACUAAAAUUACUGAUGUAUGGAAACCUGAUUCAUGCAAGAAGCCCUGUGUCUCUGUCAGAAGACUUUCCCCAAAUGAGAUAUCUCCGAUAACGUCUGAGGAGCCAAAGGACAACAGAAACACCCAAAAAAGAAGAAAACCACCUGAGAAAUGGACACCACAACUGGACAAAUACCUCAAGGACGGUGUUAAACGUCACGGCAUCGGGAAAUGGUCUCUCAUAUUGAUGGAUUAUGACUUUCAAGGACGCACUGGAACCAUGCUCAAAGACCGCUGGAGAGUUUUAGUGAGGGGAUAUCAAGUCGGCUAAAGACAGAGAAGUCCCUCCCCCCACCCCACCUCACCUCAACUUGUACAAUGUAGCAAUUUUCCCUGUAAAUAAAAUAAUUUGUUUAUCUGUCCCACUUUAAUUACUGAAAAUGUUCCCUUAUGUCAGUGGCAUGUUAUACUAUGCUGCUGCUAUUUGCACAAAUAAAAUGUACCACUAGAGGGCACUCAACACAGAACAGUAAACUGGGCUAUUUGCAUUGCUUUCUGUGCAAAAUCUGUAACCGCCUCUUUAACUUGUUUAAAACAUGGGAUUACAUAGUUCACUCAAUUUAAUAUUUUCAGCUGAUUGUGUGAUAUAUUUUACUGCUGCUUUGUUUUAGAAAAUAAUAAUAAGAAUGCACUGUUGUGUCCUCUAUGAUGGGGAAAAUUUCAUGCUAUUUUUUCCCUUUUUUAAAUAAAUGCAUCAUUAAGUCACAAUGUAACAUUUUUUUCUUAUUUUAAGUUAAAUAGUUUUGUCAAAAUUGUAACAAAAAUGAUUACAACAGUGGCUUAUUACAAUAAAAAUGAACAAAAUCAA